CUUUUGCCCCGCCGCUAGCAGACGAUUACCGACUUCUUUCCACUGGUAUAUAAAUUCAACUGGACGACGGCCAUUUCGCGCAUCUCGGUAACGAUUCACGUUGCAGGAAUUUUCUCCUCCGGAGCAGAAAGAGAGAAAUCGUCAGAGCUACCAAGUGAAGUGAGAUAAGCGAAGGUCUAACAAUGUCCGAAACCCUAGGACGAUACGAGACGAGCAUAGGUGGAUACGUCGGGUAUGGCGGCGAAUCUCUUUUGUCGAAUGGUGCCUACUCGGGAAAUUCCAGAUCGCAGGAGCAUGAGCAAUGGUCCUCUAAAAGUAGGGAAAGAGGCAGAGUAAAGGAAGACAAAGAAACCAAUAGAGACGAGGAAAGUGAUUUGUAUAUGGAAAGGGAGAGAGAUAAGGAACGUGACCGCCAUCAUGGAGACCACAAGGACAGAAGUGAUAGAAAGAAACGUGAACAAGAUAGAGUUGAUCGCUAUGAUCAUCACCGAAGAAGAUGUAGAUCUGAAGAUCAUGAUCGCGAUCGCCAUGGCCAUCGCCAUAGGCGAGAUUUUGAUGGUUAUGAACAGGAUCAAUGUCAUGAUGCCGAUGAUUAUAGAAAAAAUUGCAGCCGAGAUUUUGAUAGGGAUAAUGAUAGAGAGAGUGAAUGGUGUUACAAACAUGGAUCUCGAUCUCGAUCAAGGGAUAGAUCCAGGCACAGGUCAAGGUCUCGGUCUCGUUUAGGAUCAAGGAGAGAGAGUGAACGACAUCGUAGACAUGUAUCCCGAUCAAGAUCAAGGGAUAGAUCCAGACACAGGUCAAGGUCUCGGUCUCGUUCAAGGUCAAAGAGUAAACGCAUCAGUGGGUUCGACAUGCCACCACCAGUCAUGAUGCCCAGUGUCACUGUUGCAGGCCAGGUACCUGGGACAACAGCUGCUGUUCCUGGAAUGCUUCCCAAUAUUUUUCCUUUGGCGGGUGGACAGGUUCAGUUCCCUACUCUUCCAUUGGUGCCUGUGCAAGCUAUGACACAACAGGCUACGCGGCAUGCUCGUCGUGUUUAUGUUGGCAGUCUCUCUGCUACUGCUAAUGAGCAGUCAGUUGCAAUGUUUUUCAGUCAAGUAAUGUCUGCUAUCGGUGGAAACACAGCAGGACCUGGUGAUGCUGUUGUGAAUGUAUAUAUAAACUAUGAGAAAAAGUUUGCUUUCGUGGAAAUGAGGUCUGUUGAGGAAGCAAGCAAUGCUAUGGCUUUGGAUGGCAUAAUGUUUGAGGGAGCUCCAGUAAAGGUUCGAAGGCCAAGCGACUACAUCCCUUCGCUGGCUGCUGCACUCGGCUCAAGCCAACCUAAUCCAAAUCUUAAUCUUUCUGCUGUGGGCCUGAUGCCAGGUUCAGCCGGUGGUCUUGAGGGGCCAGAUCGUAUUUUUGUUGGUGGACUCCCAUAUUAUUUCACUGAAGCGCAGGUGCGAGAGUUGCUUGAAUCAUUUGGGGCCCUUCGAGGCUUUGAUUUGGUCAAGGACAGGGAAACUGGUAAUUCAAAAGGCUAUGCUUUUUGUGUCUACCAAGAUCUUUCUGUCACGGACAUUGCAUGCGCCGCUCUUAAUGGUAUAAAGAUGGGUGAUAAAACACUCACGGUCAGACGUGCAAACCAGGGAAGUACACAGCCUAGGCCGGAGCAUGAAAUUGUUUUGUUGCAGGCACAACAACGGUUAGCAAUUGAGGAGCUUGCGUUACAAGUGGGAUCCCUUCCAACAAAGAUUGUCUGCUUAACUCAAGUGGUUAGUGCAGAUGAUUUGAAAGAUGAUGAGGAAUACGAAGAAAUUUUGGAUGACAUGAAGGGAGAGUGUGGAAAAUAUGGCAAUUUGGUGAAUGUUGUCAUCCCUCGUCCAGGCCCUCACGGAGAAGUGGUACAUGGAGUUGGAAGGGUUUUCUUGGAAUAUGACAACAUUAAUGGAGCUGUAAAAGCUCGAUUACGAUUGCAUGGAAGGAAGUUCGAUGGAAAUCAGGCGGUCGCAGUUUUUUACCCCGAAAACAUGUAUGCGAAAGGCGAAUACGGUGGCUAACUAUCUAUUUCACUAAUCCAUCUACUUGUUAAUGCUUGUUUCUGUGUUGUAGUAUGAUAUGUUUAAAUAUUAAUAUAAAAUUCAAACUUCUCAUAUAUAUCCUCACAAGCAAUCAAAUGUUUCCAAAGAGUGCUUAAUGUAAUGAGGCGAUGGCAGAUGCUAUUCUUUUACUCAUUUUCUUAAGGUUAGUUUAAUUAUAUUCUGCAAAACCA